AUGCCGCUCGACUUUCCCGGUGACAACGUUAUGCGUAAAUAUCCCGCGUUUCCACACUCGCCGCUUCUAAUCGCAGCUGAAACAUGUAAUGCUAUUAUACUACGAUGGCGAGGCUUUGAGACGGUGCUGUGGCCAGUUGAACGAUUCGUUCUCGAGCGGUAUCCAGACAAAAACGACCAGCCACAAUGGACUACGUUACUUGAUGGAAACCUGUCGAAUCUAAUCGAUAUGGAUAUCCUACCAGGUCGAAAAUACGCCUAUCGUGUACAAGCUAUUUCCAAAGGGAACGUGUCGAGCUCUUUUGAUUAUCAAUGGGUACAAGCUUCCGACAUGAACAGUCGUGUGUGUCAAUCAACUCCAUCUUUGUUGAAUUCUGUUGGAGAAGUAAAUGGAGAUGGCAUUCGACUACUCGGUCUUCUUUUUGCUUGCUUCUUGACAGUCUACGGACUCAUUCGCGCCAGUGUCAUGAGCGUACAAAGGACGCAAUCUCGCAAAUUUCGCUUGAAACGAAUCAAAAAAUCUACAUUGGAGAGAGUAACCUCUAUGAGCAGUGUUCCAAUCGGACAGCCAGUCUCCAUGAUGCCACGAAGGUCAUCAACAUUCACUUCCACCUCAUCAAGGUCUAUUGAAGGAGAUGUCACUCAACGUGGCAGCAUAUUUGACGCCACUUCCACGACUACAAUUACUACAGCUGAAGGUUUAGCUUGUGCACCGAGUAAUGUGAAUAGAAGUCCGACUCCUGAUUCAGGCCCGUUCCAGUCCGUUCGUGUAUCAAAAGAAAGAGUUUCUCAUUGUAAAUCUUGUGGCAAACGCUUUGGACUUUUUCGAAAACGACAUUUGUGUGAUAUUUGCCACUCGACAUUAGUAUGUCGAAAGUGUGGAUACCAAGCCUCAGUCGAUAGUUAUGCAAAUGCUCGAACAGGUGUGCAAACGAAUGGAAAUGACAGUCGAAAUUUGGGUCCACGCCGCUUAAGCAGCAGUCAGCAACAACAAAAGAAACUUAAAAUUCGAACUAUUUGCAAAAGUUGCUUCGAUGACUGGAUUCGAUUUCAAACAAAUGACGAUGACGUUUAG